CACUUCCGAAGCGGAGGUGCUCCGGGCUGCCUAACGUCACAUCCGCUUCGAAUUGUGGCAGGACCCGGAUGUUGUUUCCCUCACCGUGGUGUAUUGAGAGUUGGGGGGAGUUGCUGCGUGACGGUUCAGGGCUGUAAUGUCGAAACGCAAGGUGACUUUUGAGGACCAAGGCGAUGAGGAUGAAGAGGAAAUGAACUUGCCAAAAAAGAAGCUGAUGGAACCUGCAGUGGGAGGGCCAGGCAGCCGUUUUAAGGGCAAGCACUCACUGGAUAGUGAUGAGGAAGAUGACGAGGAGGAUGAAGGGCGAGGCAGUAAAUAUGACAUUCUUGCAUCCGAUGAUGUGGAGGGACAGGAAUCUGCAACCAUUGACUACGAAGAUGGUGUCCGGAUCACUCCAUUCAAUUUGCAGGAGGAGAUGGAAGAAGGCCAUUUUGAUUCAGAAGGCAACUACUUCUUGAAGAAAGAGGCAAUGAUUCGGGAUAACUGGUUGGACAAUAUAGACUGGGUCAGGAUAAAAGAACAGCCUCCUGGUCAGAAGAAAUCACCGCUGGAUUCUGCUAAUGAUGAAGAUGAGGAUGAAGAGGAAGAUCUUGAAGUCGGAAGGACACCUUUGGACAAGAAGGCAUUGCUGGAAGGGAUGGUGGAUUUAGUGCUACCUGGCGAGACGGUGGCCAGAGCCAUCCAAAGGCUCGGAGACAAAGGUGGGCCCAAGAGCAGUGGGCGUCAGAGGAGGCCUUGGAGCCGUCUCAAGCCAGAGGAGGCAGAACCAGCCGAGGAAGGAGAUCCCCAGAAGCCCAGGUCGCCUGAACGGAAAGAGCAGCUGGAGCGCCUCUCGGGGCUGGCCGAUCAAAUGGUGGCACGAGGAGUGUAUGAGAUCUACCAGGAGACUCGGGAGAAGCUGGCCCUGAGGCUCCGGGCUUUGGAGCAUCCUCCCACAGCACCUUCCGCAGCUGAGCCAGAAUUCGAUAUGUUUGCUGAGGAUAUUGAUGAAGCGAAACUGGGGGAGAAGACACCAGCAGCGGGAAGUGAGGAGCAACAGCAGGGCGAUGACAACGCUCUCUCUGAGGUCAUGUGGGAAUAUAAAUGGGAGAACACAAACACCUCUGAACUCUAUGGUCCCUUUAGCAGCUCCCAGAUGCAGGACUGGGUAUCCCAGGGCUAUUUCCCUGAUGGGGUUUACUGCCGGAAGGCAGAUAAUUCUGAGGGCCAGUUCUACAAUUCCAGGCGUAUUGAUUUUGACCUCUACACGUGAUUGGAACCCGCCUCCUGCCCCACAGAGCACAGAAGAUGCAACUCAACACAGCGGCGGCCUGAAAGAACUUGCCGGACUUUAGGGGGUGGGGGCUAGGGGAGAGGGGUGUGUGUGUGUGUGUGUGUUUGCAGAGGGGAAGAGGGAGAGGUUUGACUCGUCAUCUAAUUCUGAGGUUGUGUCACAUUUUGUGAGAAGUAAAAGAAUAAAUUUGGUUGGCUGGUCA